CCACGGCGUCGCUCAGCCAGCGGCUGCAACCUCCUCAUGAGUACUGAGCAACCAUAAGUAACUCACUCUCUUUUCGUAGAUCGCUGGGUGUGCCAAAGGUGUCCGCAGUCUUCAUAUCUCAGACCUGCUAUCCAGACGUACACUGCAGUCCGAUCUAGUCUGAUCCCCAGUGCCCAUCAGGCCUUGUUCCUACUUUCAACCGCGCCUUGAGCUCUACCAGGUCAAUCUGAACUCUGACCGCAAGUCGACAUGGCCACCUCCGCCCCCACGUACGCCGUGAACGAGCGCGUGCUAUGCUACCACGGCCCGCUCAUCUACGAGGCGAAGAUCCUCAAGGUGGAGAACUGGGACGAGACAACGACACAGCUGGGCAGCGUCGGCCCGCACUACUUUGUGCACUACAAGGGGUGGAAGCAGACGUGGGACGAGUGGGUGCCGGCGUCGCGCCUGCUGAAGUACAACGAGGCGAGCAUCCAGCUGCAGAAGCAGCUGAAGGAGCAGGCGAGCGCACAGGCGUCGGGGUCCUCCGCCAAGGCGAAGGCGGGCGCGCACAAGGAUGGGGCGAAGGCGGUGGGCACGGGCAGAAAGGAGGGUGGGACUCGCGGGACGAAGCGCGGGCGCGAGGAGGACGAGGGCAGCAAGAAGCCGGAGAUGAAGCUGAACGUGCCGGAGAUCCUGAAGGUGAUCCUGGUGGACGACUGGGAGGCGGUGACGAAGAACAACCAGCUCGUGCCGCUCCCGCGCACGCCGAACGUCGUCGAGCUGCUGGAGGAGUUCAAGGAGUAUGUGCUCGCGCUGCCGCCCGGGGCGACGAACUUGCGGGACCCGAAGCUGGUUCUGCCGACUAUCAUAUCGGGGCUGCAGGUCUAUUUCGAUCGCUCGUUGGGGCAGAACCUGCUCUACCGCUUUGAAAGGCCACAGUACGCUGAGAUACGGAGACAAUUCGUGACGGGACCUACCGUGAAGGUUGGGCAAGAGAAGGAGAUGAGUGCUAUCUACGGGGCAGAGCAUCUCCUACGGAUGCUAGUGAGCAUGCCCCAGAUGGUGGCCAACUCGACUAUGGACCCGGAAUCGGUGAGCAUCGUGCGGGACUAUGUGAACGAGCUUAUGCAGUGGAUGGUGAAAGAAAAGGACCGGAUAUUCCAGCGAGAAUACGAGAGCGCGAGUCUGCAGUAUCAGAACAUUUCCCGGUCAUAGCACUGAGCUCCCCCUUAUACCAUGCAUGUUAUAGUAAGCUUCCCGUGUAUACCAGCCCGUAAUACUAAACGUGUAAGACUACAAACGCAUCAC